UAGCUGUCGUUGGAUUGGGCGGAACGGGUGUGGGAGGCUUUUUACAUGAUUAUGGAUCAUGUUCACUUAUGCUAGUACUUUUUUUUUGAAAUUCAAAUUGACUGCGGCAAGUGUUCUACCUCUAGAUGUAAAUACUUACUUUCAUAACCACAGUCAAGCACUGCUUUCCCCGCUGCAAAGGGGUGUCGCGAUUAUUUCCUUCUCGUACGAGUUGGCGGUAAUAAAUUGUAGAGCAUGAGCAGUAAUAUGAGAGGUUAAGAAUACUCAUUUUGAGUUACAAAGGCAUUCUUAAGCUGGUUUAAUCACAAACACACCCAAGGUAGUAGUUGAUGUAGUUCACACGAAUGAAAAAUAACAGGACCAGCGUUUGCCGUCAUCUAAAUGCUAAUCCACACGCACCAAGAGUCUAGGACCUCCAGACAGCGAAGAAAUCAAAACACAGAAGGACAUUUGGCCAAACCCUUAUCCCUGGGCUUCUGAUGCACAAUAUGCCAAUGCUUUGGGUGAGUUAUUGGAGAAAAGUCUAUCAUUAUCGUCUGCGGGAGAGGGAGUAGAUGGGCAGAUAAUUCUCUUGACGCACACUGGCCCGCACAGUUCGGCGACAUCAGCAUUGAAUAUCAAUGCGACACAUGUGGUAUGGUGAAGGUGAUGAAUAGAGGAUUACUAUGAGUCUAAAUAAUAGUAUCUAAUAGUAAGUUGUAUUUGCACUACGCACGACACGCACAAUGGCAAUUUCCUACCUUUUACCCAUAUUGUUCAUUGCCUUGUUCAAGUUCAAGUUCACGUCCCACACCCACUCCCUGUCUCUCCCACCCUCUAUUUUUUGUACCCCUUUCAUCCCUCGUCUACGGCGGUUCCCCUGGGCAAACCAGUGCGAUUCUCAAGCAUUUCGGAGCCAGAGACGUGAACAACACACAUGAAGUGCUGCCCAGGCUGCUUUGCAAUCUCCUAUGAAAAGGAAAAGUGUACGUGUAAUCAUAAGUACUCAAAAAAAGGGGAGUUCUUCUUCUUUUCUACAUAGUGAAGGCAACGUGCUUAGUUUACCGAUAGUACAUGCUCAAGAAAAAAAGGGAGUUGUUUCCCUUUCCUACUUUCCCGCUUCGAACCGCGCCCCACCUCGUUGUUUUUUUGAGGAAGAUGAGUACACGACUUUUGAACCUUUCAUAUCUUCAUGGUCACGUGCAUCAUGGUGUAGGCAUCGAUUCGGCAGCCUUACCAAAUCAAAUCAAAGUGAUCAACCCAGGUUCGUUGGAUUUGGGUUCCUAUGCGGAGCUUGUUUUAUGAAACGAAAUUCGAAGUAUAGGUACUUAUGAGUAGCUUUUAUAGUCAUCUCACCAAUGAUCGAGGGUAAUCAUUUGAGCUGCACUGAUGAUGAUGUAUGGUCGUUCUCGAUUUAAGAACAUGAUAUUGAUACUUGGACCUAAGACUACUAGCGUUGGUGGAUUAGUACCUCAAUCCUUACAUAUCUCGUCUAGUUGUAACCGAUGAAGUAAAAAAGUGGGGAGAUGCAGCCUCUAAUGAAAAGAUCUUACACCCCGUGAGUGGGUACAUCUAUCUAUCUAUCUAUCUAUACCGUACUACUAGUUUAGAUGAUAGAGAAGGUAGACGAGUUAAACCUUCUGUUGUAUGUCUAUCUCUAAUCCUUUUCUCCAAGAAAACCGUCAUAGGAAAGCGGACAUCGCGCAACGCAGACAAAAACAAAUACUACAAGCAACAAUGGUUUCUCACGGAGACAACUUUGAAAAAGCUUGUUGAUGAUGUUUGAAACUUUGCCUUUCCUUGAUAAAUUUUUAUUUCAAUGGAACAUUUAAGCUAAUAAGCUACUGUGGUGGAGCGGAAAAGAUUCACAAUCGUGAUGAGUCUUCCGACAAACGCGUGAUGUGUCUUCCUUCCAAGAAACUUUCUCAUGAUUUCGAAAAGUG